ACCCGUCCCCCGGAGUUCCCCUGUCAGAUUGUGGCGGCUGGCCGCGCGGUGCGCUCUUUCCCUGCAUCCCGGGCAAGGCGGCUCGCGCGCGGGCACACCCCCACGGCCCUCCGGCGCCGCUGCCUCAGCCCCGCUCGCCUUCUCUCCGCCCUGCCCUCCGCCUCGCCCGCGGGGACAUGGCACACGCGCCGGCACGCUGCCCCAGCGCUCGGGGCUCCGGGGACGGCGAGAUGGGCAAGCCCAGGAAGGUGGCGCUCAUCACUGGCAUCACGGGCCAGGAUGGCUCCUACUUGGCUGAGUUCCUGCUGGAGAAAGGCUAUGAGGUUCAUGGAAUUGUACGGAGAUCCAGUUCAUUCAAUACCGGCCGAAUUGAACAUCUGUAUAAAAACCCCCAGGCUCAUAUUGAAGGAAACAUGAAGUUGCACUAUGGUGACCUCACUGAUAGCACCUGCCUUGUGAAGAUCAUUAACGAAGUCAAGCCCACUGAGAUCUACAACCUCGGAGCCCAGAGCCACGUCAAAAUCUCGUUUGACCUGGCUGAAUAUACUGCGGAUGUCGAUGGAGUUGGCACUCUACGGCUCCUGGAUGCGGUUAAGACCUGUGGCCUUAUCAACUCUGUGAAGUUCUAUCAAGCCUCAACAAGUGAACUUUAUGGGAAAGUGCAAGAAAUACCCCAGAAGGAGACCACUCCCUUUUAUCCUCGGUCACCAUACGGGGCAGCAAAAUUGUAUGCCUACUGGAUUGUGGUGAAUUUCCGUGAGGCAUAUAAUCUCUUCGCAGUGAAUGGCAUUCUCUUCAAUCAUGAGAGUCCUAGAAGAGGAGCUAAUUUUGUUACUCGAAAAAUUAGCCGGUCAGUAGCUAAGAUUUACCUUGGACAACUGGAAUGUUUCAGUUUGGGAAAUCUGGAUGCCAAACGAGACUGGGGCCAUGCCAAGGACUAUGUAGAGGCUAUGUGGCUGAUGUUGCAGAACGAUGAGCCGGAGGACUUCGUCAUAGCUACUGGGGAAGUCCACAGUGUCCGGGAAUUCGUAGAGAAGUCAUUUUUGCACAUUGGAAAGACCAUUGUGUGGGAAGGAAAGAAUGAAAAUGAAGUGGGCAGAUGUAAAGAGACCGGCAAAGUUCACGUGACUGUGGACCUCAAAUACUACCGACCAACGGAAGUGGACUUUCUGCAAGGAGACUGCACCAAAGCGAAACAGAAGCUGAACUGGAAGCCUCGGGUCGCUUUUGAUGAGCUGGUGAGGGAGAUGGUGAAUGCCGACGUGGAGCUCAUGAGGAACAACCCCAACGCCUGAGCGCGGCCGCCCGGCGCCAAGCCGCCCCGCAGGCCUGGUCUCUGGCAGAGGCAGCCAGUGCGGGGCGCACGAGUGGUCCUGGGAGGAGCGACGGACGCGCCCUUCCGACGGAGGCCCGAGACCCUCGCCGCCGCUGCGAGUUGGUCCUGCCGGCAGGACUGGGGCCGCCUGGGUUUGCAACAGCCGGGACCCCGCGCUCCGGGUUCGCCCCCUUUCCUUUUGUCCAGGCCUUUUCUGAACGGUUUUAUGAAAUCAACAAGAUGUUUCAAUCACAUAUUCACUUGACUUGAGAUUAUGUCAUUAGAUAGC